CCACACGAGGUAAAAUGUCGAUUGGAGUACAACAUAAUGAGCCAAAGCAAAUUAACACUCCCUCGGCCGCUGCUCUGCUGGGUGGAGGGGAGAUGUGUAAUCCACUAGACCACCACCCAAGUGGAGUGGACCAUAGAAAUUGUAGAGUUGGAAAACGUCUUGCCAUGACUUUUAUGGGACAAGCUCCUCCAUAUCUUUAUUGGAUUCGAUAAACAUAAACAUAGACAUGAGACAUAGACCACCAAUGGGUCUAUCUUGCUCUAUUUGUUAUCAUUUUGGUGCUGUUAUCAUCUUUUUCAUAGCCUCUGUACCCUUCUUCAACAAUGCCCAAUUUCCACCUCCAAUGGCGAACUUAUCUACUAUUUGGAUCAACAAACCCUCAACUGACUAUAGUUUCAAAACUUUUUUCCCUUAUCUCAACCCCGUCCUCGAAGCAUCAUCAUCCAGUUACUCCCGAAUGAUCUGUGGCUUCUAUUGCCCUUCUACUCCUCAACAAACUCAGCAAUCGUCAUGCCUCUUCGGUGUUGUAAUCUUCGGUGACUCCAGGGGCCCUAUCCCGCAACUGGUUUGGUCAGCUAAUCGGAACCGUCCUGUUCAAAUUAACGCCACCUUACAACUCACUGGAGAUGGAGAUUUGAUAUUGCAUGACUACGAUGGCACUUUCGUAUGGUCUACCAAUACCUCUGGAAAGUUCGUCUUCGGCUUGAAUUUCACCGAAUUGGGAAACUUGGUGCUGUUUGAUCGAAACAAUUCAACAGUUUGGCAGUCAUUUGAUCACCCAACUGACUCCUUACUUGUUGGCCAGGCUUUGGGUCCUGGCCAGAAGCUCACCUCCAGCACAUCCGCAUCGAACUGGACUCCAGGUUUGUAUUCUCUUAAGGUUCAUGAGCUGGAUAACGAGGGCUCUUACAGUCUGGUGGCUUAUGUAGAAUCCAAUCCCCCCUUGCCCUAUUUUGAGUCAUAUACAGAUGUGAAAUCUUACAAAUUCGAGAAUGAAAGCUUUACUUUACAGAAAAUCCCUUUUGCAUCAUCAUCAUCAGCUCAGUUCAUAAGGUUGGAUCCUGAUGGGCAUUUGAAGGCUUAUGAGUGGAUGGAAUGGUAUUGGAAUGCGGCGGCUGAUCUGCUGACAUCAAGCAUGGGUGAGUGUGGGUAUCCCAUGGCGUGUGGCAAUUAUGGCAUCUGUUCUCCAAAUGGACAGUGCGGUUGUUUUGAGGAAGGCGCCGGCAACAGCACUUUCAGGCAAAUAAAUUAUAAGCAACCCGGCCUUGGAUGUCCCCUUGUUACACCCAUUUCUUGUAACAAUUCUCAAUAUCACACCCUUUUGGAGCUUAGCAAUACUAGUUACUUCUACUAUAACUUUUUAAACACAUACGCAUCCGAAAUCAUUUACUUUGAUGAAAAAAUAGCAUUAGAGGAUUGCAAGACGAGUUGCUUGAAAAACUGUUCAUGCAAAGGUACUUUGUUUACAUAUGGUUUGGGGCUUAAUUCAGUGAAUGGUUGCUUAUUAUUGUAUGAAGUCUUUUCUCUUGUCAAUAAUGACGGAGGGCUUUAUAACAUCACUGUGUUUCUGAAAGUGCAGAAAUCUCCGACUGCAGAGUAUCCUACUCCUUCACCAACAUAUUCUCCUCAAAAGCAAUCAAGGCAUGUCAAAAUCAUAUUGGGAUCCAGUCUCGGAGCUUUCUUUAGUGUAUUAUUUGUGGUUGCCUCCUACUUUUUUCUUUUUAGAAAUAAAGGAGAAUCUGAUGAACUUGAUGAGUUCUUCGUCGAUCAAGUACCAGGGAUGCCUACUAGAUUUUCUUACAAAGAAUUGAGAGUCAUGACAAGCAAUUUCGAUAAUAAGCUUGGCGAAGGAGGAUUUGGGUCAGUGUUUCAAGGGACAUUACGCGAUGGCACCAAAAUAGCGGCGAAGCGGCUCAAUGGUUUUGGUCAGGUUAAGAAGUCAUUCUUAGUUGAAGUUGAGACAAUAGGCAGCAUUCACCAUGUCAAUUUGGUGAGAUUAAUUGGAUUUUGUGCUGAAAAAUCAUAUAGGCUUCUAGUUUAUGAGUACAUGUCCAAUGGAUCCUUGGAUACAUGGAUCUUCCAAAGGCACCAGGAGCAAACUCUUGGGUGGCAAUCCAGAAAGAAGAUCAUUAUGGAUAUAGCCAAGGGCCUAACCUAUCUUCAUGAGGAAUGUAGGCAAAAGAUAUUUCACUUGGAUAUCAAACCCCAAAACAUCCUCUUAGAUGAAGACUUCAAUGCGAAAAUUUCUGAUUUUGGAUUGUCCAAACUAAUUGAUAAGGACCAAAGCCAAGUUGUAACAAUGAUGAGGGGAACACCAGGCUAUUUGGCUCCGGAAUGGUUGAGCUCAAUUAUCACUGAGAAAGUAGAUGUUUAUAGUUUUGGUGUCGUGGUCUUGGAAAUGUUGUGUGGGCGCAAAAAUUUGGAUAGGUCUCAGCCUGAGGAAGAUAUGCAUCUCUUAGAUUUGUUUAAGAGGAAAGCAGAAGAGGAACGACUUUUGGAUAUCGUUGAUAAAUACAAUGAUGACAUGCAAACACAUAAAGUAGAAGUCGUGGAGAUGAUGAGGGUUGCCGUGUGGUGUCUACAAAGUGAUUUUUCCAGGAGGCCUCCCAUGUCAGUGGUGGUUAAGGUCUUGGAGGGUUCUGUAGAUGUUGAAAACAAUUUGGAUUAUAACUUUACAACACCUGUGGUACCAAGAGCAAUUACAGUUGCUGGUCAACAAAGAGAUGCCAUUGGUGCUGCUACUCCAUUAUUUGCAUCGGUUUUAUCAGGACCUAGGUAACGAAAGUAGACUCCAACAAUCAAAUUACAGCUGAUUGUUUAAAGUUUUUGUAUUCCCUUUCUUAUGUAGUGAAUUAUAAUAUAAGAUUUUUAUUUGUGCAAA